UCUCACGCUCAGCCGCCUCUUUUAGAUUGUUUUAAAGCCAUUUUAUCUUCCGCUCUUAAUCGUUUAUUUUAUCGCCUGCCAAGCGUGAUGCCAGCCAAGACUUCCCUGUCGUUGCCAGAGGAUGUCAGGAAAAGGCUGCAGGUUCUGCAUGAAGAUGGGUCUUCGGAUGAGGACGUGAAAGAGAAGCUCAAGCUGGUGCAGGACUUUCUGCACGCCGACACGCAGGAUGCCCUCGGCAGCCUCGAGGAAAAGAUGAAAAGCUCAGAAAUCUCCAUGGAAGACUACAUCUCCAAAGUGAAGUCCCUGCUGGGAAAGGAGCUAAAUCUGGAGAACGGCGAGGAGACCAACGGCAAAACAAACGGCCUCAGUAACGGCUCCCACAAAGACGAGGACGGCGGCAUGGAUGUGGAGGAGGAAGACGAGACCGUCAAAUCACCCAGCGCACGAGGGAAAGGACGCAAGAGCAAGACUGAUGCCAAAAAGUCUCCAGCCAGUUCCAGGGUGACGAGAAGCGGCGGCAAGCAAGCAUCCAUCAUGUCCAUGUUCCCCAAAAUUCAAAAGCGCAAGUCUGAAGACUUGAAUGGCGAAGCCACAAAUGGAGAAACUGCAGUGAAACAGGAAGAUUGUGCCGAGAAUGUGCCACAGUCCCAGGAGAAGCGUCUGAAAGUGGAGUCUGAUGACAAAGCCGCAAGUCCCGAAGAAGCCAAGCCGGAGACCACGACAGUUUCUUCUGCAAAGACUCCGCCUCCCAAAUGUCCAGAUUGCAGGCAAUAUUUGGACGACUCUGAUCUCAAGUUCUUUCAAGGGGAUCCAGACACUGCGCUGGACGAGCCCGAAAUGCUGACUGACGAGCGGCUCUCCUUGUUUGAUGCAAACGAGGACGGCUUCGAGAGCUACGAGGAUCUGCCGCAGCACAGGAUCACAAACUUUAGUAUCUAUGACAAGCACGGCCAUCUUUGUCCCUUUGACGCCGGACUAAUUGAGAGGAACGUGGAGCUCUACUUCAGUUGCGUUGUCAAGCCAAUCUAUGAUGACAACCCCUGCUUGGAUGGUGGCGUUCCUGCCAAGAAGCUCGGGCCCAUUAACGCCUGGUGGAUUACUGGAUUUGAUGGAGGCGAAAAAGCGCUCAUCGGGUUCACCACAGCGUUUGCCGACUACAUCCUGAUGAAUCCCAGCGAGGAGUACUCCUCCAUCUUCGCGCUGAUGCAGGAGAAGAUCUACAUGAGCAAAAUCGUGGUGGAGUUCCUCCAGAAGAAUCCGGACGUCACUUAUGAAGAUCUUCUCAACAAGAUUGAGACCACGGUGCCGCCGCCGGGCCUCAACUUCAACUGCUUCACCGAGGACACGCUCCUGCGCCACGCCCAGUUCGUGGUGGAGCAGGUGGAAAGCUACGACGAGGCGGGCGACUCGGACGAGCAGCCCAUCAUCGUCACGCCCUGCAUGCGUGACCUCAUCAAGCUGGCUGGCGUCACUUUGGGCAAGAGCAUGCUGCUGUACUGGCGAGCUGCCAGACGACAGGCCAUCCGUCACCCCACCAAGAUCGAGAAGGACAGCAAGGGUCCCACCAAAGCCACCACCACGAAGCUGGUCUACCUGAUUUUUGACACCUUCUUCUCGGAGCAGCUGGAGAAGGACGACAAAGAGGCCAUCGCCAAACGGCAGCGCUGCGGCGUCUGCGAGGUUUGCCAAUCUCCAGAUUGUGGCAAGUGUGCCGCCUGCAAGGACAUGAUCAAAUUUGGAGGAAGUGGCAAAAGCAAGCAGGCGUGUAAACAAAGAAGGUGCCCAAAUCUGGCUGUGAAGGAGGCCGAGGAUGACGAGAAUAUAGAGGAAGAAGAUGUCCCGGUGAAGAGCAAGAAAGCAUCUCGCGUGAAGACCAAGAAGCAGGCUCAGUGCAAGCUGACGUGGGUCGGCGAGCCCAUUCAGUGCGAGGGCAAAAAGCAGUACUACAAAAAGGUCCGUGUGAAUGAUGAAGAGCUGGAGGUCGGCGACUGUGUCUCGGUUUCUUCCGAAGAUCCUUCCACUCCGUUGUACCUGGCUAGGAUCACGGCAAUGUGGGAGGACAACAACGGCAAGAUGUUCCACGCCAACUGGUUCCUCCGCGGCACGCAAACUGUGCUCGGCGAGUCGUCCGAUCCCCUGGAGCUUCUCUUGGUGGACGACUGCGAAGACAUGUCUCUCAACUACAUCCAAGGCAAAGUCAACGUCAGCUACAAGGCGCCCUCCAACAACUGGUUCAUGGAGGGCGGGAUGGAUGCCGACGUCAAGGUGAUUGAAGACGACGGCAAAAGUUUCUUCUAUCAGUUCUGGUACGACAUGGACUUUGCCCGCUUUGAGACGCCGCCCAAGACCACGCCGUCAGAAGACUGCAAGUUCAAAUUCUGCUGCAGCUGCGUGAGGAUUAAAGAACGCGAGGAGCGGGAAACACCUUGCGCCUUUGAGCCGCUGGAUGAAGAGCAUGACUCCAAGGCGCUCUACGCACUGGCCUGCUUCAGAGGAGAGCAGUUCAAAGUGGGCGACAGCGUCUACUUGCCUCCUGAGGCCUUCAACUUCAGUGUGAAAGCAACCAGCCCGGUGAAGCGCUCCCACAGGAAAGAGGACGUGGACGAGGACUUGUACCCAGAAUACUACAGGAAGUCCUCAGACUAUAUCAAAGGCUCCAACCAGGACGCCCCGGAUCCGUUCCGCAUCGGCCGCAUCAAGGAGAUCUUCUGUCACCGGCGCAGCAACGGCAAGGCUGACUCGGCGGAGGUCAAACUGCGACUAUACAAGUUCUACAGACCGGAGAACACCCACAAGGGAGUAAAAGGCAGCUACCACACAGAUGUCAAUCAGCUCUACUGGAGCGACGAAGAGGUCACGGUCAGCUUGUCCGACGUGCUGGGACGCUGUCACGUGGAAUACGGAGAGGACCUCACCGAGUCGGUCCUAGAAUAUUCCAACGAAGGACCCGACCGCUUCUAUUUCCUGGAGGCUUAUAAUGCCAAAACCAAAAGUUUUGAGGAUCCUCCAAACCACGCUCGCUCUGCCACGUCCAAAGGCAAAGGAAAGGGCAAAGGAAAAGGUAAAGGCAAAGGGAAGUCCUCCGCCCUUCAGGAACCAGCGGAGCAAAUCACCGAAGCGCAGACUCCCAAGGUGCAUAAAUAUCGCACUCUGGACGUGUUCUCGGGCUGCGGUGGUCUCUCCGAGGGCUUCCACCAGGCUGGCAUUUCCGAGACUGAGUGGGCCGUGGAGAUGUGGGAGCCGGCGGCGCAGGCCUUCCGGCUCAACAACCCGGGCACCACCGUCUUCACAGAGGACUGCAACGUAUUGCUCAAGCUGGUCAUGUCGGGCGAGAAGACAAACUCCCUGGGACAGAAGCUGCCGCAGAAAGGCGACGUGGAGAUGCUCUGCGGUGGGCCACCCUGCCAAGGCUUCAGCGGCAUGAAUCGCUUCAACUCUCGCACCUACUCAAAGUUCAAGAACUCGCUGGUGGUCUCCUACCUCAGUUACUGUGAUUACUACAGACCAAAGUUCUUCCUGCUGGAGAAUGUGAGGAACUUUGUGUCCUUCAAAAGCUCCAUGGUCCUCAAGUUGACCCUGCGCUGUCUCGUCCGAAUGGGAUACCAGUGCACGUUUGGAGUCCUGCAGGCGGGUCAGUACGGCGUGGCCCAAACUCGCCGCCGAGCCAUCAUCCUGGCAGCCGCUCCCGGAGAGAAGUUGCCUCGCUAUCCGGAGCCCCUGCAUGUGUUCGCCCCCAGAGCCGUCUCCCUCAGCGUAGUGGUGGACGAAAGGAAAUACGUCAGCAACGUCACGCGCGGCAACGGCGGAAUCUACAGAACCAUCACCGUCCGAGACACCAUGUCUGACCUGCCAGAGAUUCGCAACGGCGCCUCGGCCUUGGAGAUUUCCUACAACGGCGAGCCUCAGUCUUGGUUUCAGCGGCAGAUCCGUGGCACGCAGUACCAGCCCAUCCUCAGGGAUCACGUCUGCAAGGACAUGAGUGCUCUGGUGGAGGGCCGCAUGCGCCACAUUCCUUUGGCGCCCGGCUCCGAUUGGAGAGACCUUCCCAAUAUCGAAGUGCGCCUGAAGGACGGCACCAAGACCAAGAAGCUGCGCUACACACACCCGGACAAGAAGAACGGACGUAGUGGCACGGGCGCGCUCAGAGGCGUCUGCACCUGUGCCGGAGGAAAGCCUUGCGAUUCGGCCGACCGACAGUUCAACACGCUGAUCCCGUGGUGUCUGCCUCACACGGGAAACCGCCACAAUCACUGGGCGGGGCUUUACGGGAGGCUGGAGUGGGACGGGUUCUUCAGCACUACCGUCACCAAUCCUGAGCCCAUGGGAAAACAGGGUCGCGUUCUGCACCCUGAGCAACACCGUGUGGUCAGCGUGAGGGAGUGCGCACGCUCUCAGGGGUUCCCCGACACGUAUCGCUUCUUCGGAAACGUUCUGGAUAAGCACAGACAGGUGGGCAACGCUGUGCCCCCGCCCCUCUCCAGAGCUAUCGGGCUGGAGCUUAAGAAAUGCGUCAUUGAAAGGAUGAAGGAAGAACAGACAGCAGAGAACAUCAAACAAGAGAAGAUGGAGGUGUCUGAUUAGUGUUCUUCUCUUGGCAGCAAAACGUGGAUGAUUAUAUUCAUUCAUGGCUGGCUCGGUUACCGGUCAGAAUUUAAAUGUGCUUUUAAUGCCUGUUAACAUGUUGGACAAAUUGUAUGUAGUUUUUAUAUGUAAUAUUUCAAAUAAAGCUCUUAUCACAUGAA